AUGUCACUUGAUAAGGCUCCCUCUGAUCAUUCGAUACAGGGGCAGACCUCCCCCGAAGUCUCGAAUGAGGACGAUGAGAACAGCGUUGUCAAGGAGGUCCACGACAGCUACCCGGAAGGACAUCAGCUUCAGCCCUUUGAUUCCCACGUCGAACGCCCGCAGUCCCUCGCCGGCGAGAUCCUCUUCGUCGCGAUAAUCUGCUCCUCCCAGCUGCUUACUCAAGCCGGUCUCGCCAUCAGCAUUGUGCCCCAGCACAUUAUUGGUCGUUCGUUCAGCAUCGACGACCAGCCCGGCCAGUUAAGCUGGUUCUCCGCUGGAUACGCUCUCACAGUCGGCACCUUCAUCCUUAUUGCAGGCCGUCUUGGCGAUGUCUUCGGCCACAAGCCCUUCUUCGUGGGAGGCUACGUCUGGUUCGGCUUGUGGUCCGCUCUUGCUGGCGUCUCCGGCAUCGGCCCGGCUUUCUUACUACCCAAUGCGAUCGCUAUCCUCAGUCGCUGCUACGACCCGGGGCUUCGCCAGAACAUGAUCUUCAGUCUGUUUGGUGCAACUGCACCCGGUGGGUUCGUACUCGGCGCCGUCUUCUCCAGCCUGCUUUCCCAGAUGGUUUGGUGGCCUUGGUCCUAUUGGAUCCUGUGUUUUGCGUGCCUUCUGCUCUCCAUCUUGGGCUUCUUUGCCAUUCCAGCAACCCCAGCCCUGAGCAACUUAGAGCCUGGGAGUCCCAGUAUUUGGCAGCGUAUCGAUAUCUUCGGCUCCAUCCUUGGUGUGGUCGCCCUGGUCCUCUUCAAUUUCGCCUGGAACCAAGGCCCCGUGGUUGGCUGGCGGACACCUUACACCUACAGUAUCAUGACUGUGGGCAUCAUCAUGUUCGUCAUUUUCGUCCUCGUCGAGAAGAGAGUGAGCCACCCCUUGAUCCCCUUCGGUGUCCUGCAGAUAGGAUCCCUCUUCACUCUGGCGUGCAUCAGCGCCGGCUGGUCCAGCUUCGGUAUCUUCGUCUUCUACUCCUUGAAUCUCCUUGAGGUUCUGAGGGGCCAAACACCUCUGCUCACGUCCGCUCAGUUCACUUCGGUCGCCAUAAGUGGGCUUUUCGCUGCGGGCGCCACUGGCCUGGUCUUGAGUCACUUCCGCGCUUCGACCGUGAUGCUCAUCGCCAUGACCUUUUUUCUUAUUGGUGGCAUCAUCUUUGCGACUGUACCAGUCCACCAGAUCUAUUGGGCGCAGACAUUCGUGGGUAUCAUUGUCCUCCCUUGGGGUAUGGAUAUGUCCUUCCCCGCGGGCACCAUCAUCCUGAGUCGGGCUAUGCCGCGGCGGCAUCAGGGUCUCGCCGCGUCGCUGGUUAAUACCUUUGUUAACUACUCUAUCUCCAUUGGGCUUGGGCUUGCUGGCACGAUCGAGGGACAGGUCAAUGAUGGAGGAAAAAAAAAUUCUCCAAGGAUAUCGGGGCGCAUUUUAUAUGGGUUGGAGUGGCACCAGUCCACGUCGCCAGAAAAGGUGGCGCAGGAGGGAUAUGUUUAG